CUCACCUCCGUUCUCAUUUCGUAGAACCCUAAUUUUAUGUCGACGAGUCCUUUCCUCUCUGCCUAUCUUUCUCUGCGUAUCUACUCUUAUCUGACUCUCUUUCACUCUCUAGGUAUGUUUUUUCUUUUCUUCUCAGAUCUCUUCUCCAUGUAUCUCCAUGCUCGCGAGAUCUCGGUUCAUGUCUCUCCUUCUCCACUACAGGCACUGUCAAUGGUUGAAGAAUCGAAGGGUGAAGAUGGACAGUGGAGCGAUGUGGUGAUGGCAGAGGAGGAGAGGACGUGGUUUCUAAUGGUGGAUGCUCAUCACAUAUGUCUACUCGGCGGUGGAAAGAGGCAUCAUAUUGGGUAGCUUGAUAGAGGAUGGUUUAUCGUAUAAGGAGAAGUUCAUAGUCAGAUCCCAUAAAUGCAGUGUAAGCGCUAAGGAAAUGAUGAAAGUUGGUGUAUUUUGCGUGCGGAUUGGAACUUUCUGAAAAGAACUUGAAGAUAGGGUUGCUUGUGUCAAAAGCGUGAGGCAGACAACUUGAUACUAUUUUUUUCUUUCUCCAAGAGGUGGGAUGUAACCAGUUUCAGAGUGUUUGAUUUUCGACUGAUGGGUUUGCGACAACACCUACCAUGAGGAAACGGAAUCUCAUAUGGGUCACUUCGAGAAUGCACUUUCAGAUCUACAGACUUGAUGUUUGCUUUCUCCACUGGUUUGUGCAAUGGAAUUAAAUUUUCUUAUGUUAAAGAUAUAAGUUUCAGUUGCUUUGAUUUAUGAGACUGUCAUAAUUAGUUAUCCCUAUGUGUUACCAGUUCCAGCAAGUGGGUGAUGAUGAACCAAGUCACAAGACGGUAAAUUAGGUGUCCAUAUACAUUAGGUGUUAAUUUUCUUUUGUGUUGCAGGAUGACUUAGGUGAGAAUGAUGAAGAUGAUGAGGACGAUGACGAAGAUGAUGAUGGAAACAAGUCCAAGAAGAAUACAUCACGCAGUAUAAACAUUUGAUUGCAAUCCAUGCUGGGAAACCAAAACGUGGAAUCACUGAGUGCUUAAAAGUUGAUCCUAA